AGAUCACUGUGACCAUCUACUGCUCCUGUUAAAACAAGAGAUAAUUUACUUCUGAGCAACAUUAAAAACGGUUGAGAUGUCAUUUAAAUAUUAAAUCUAAAAACACAGAGUGCUGGUGCAGCUCUGCUGAGACGAGGUGAGACUCGUCAAAGCUCCACCUCAGGUGAGAUCAGGUGAGAGUGAUGAUGAUGAAGAUGAUGAGUGAGUCAUGAUGCUGCUGCUGUCUGUCAUGUGUCUGCUGCUCUCAGACGUGACGUCGAAUCAUCUGAAUGUGACAGUGAAUGAAACUCUGCAGGGACAUGAGACGUUCUCUGGACUCUUUGGAUUCACAGAGCUGUCGGGGGUUCGUCCCUUCAGUCCGGAGCAGGAGCAGGAGUCCAGGAUCAUCGGGGGUCAGGAGGCCUGGGCUCACUCGUGGCCCUGGCAGGUGUCUCUUUGCUUCGCCUCCAUGCCGGCCUGCGGAGGAGCCGUCAUCGGCUCCAUGUGGGUCGUCUCUGCCGCUCACUGCUUCAAGAGGUACAACAAAGCUUCCUUCUGGACGGUCCUGGCUGGAAAACACGACCUGGAUAAUCCUCACGAACCGGGACAACAGCUGGUUGGAGUCGCCAUGAUCAUCAACCAUCACGGCUACAACACUCGCACCAAAGAGAGAGACAUGGCGCUGCUGAAGCUGCAGCAGCCGCUCGUCUUCAACCAGUUCGUCAGACCCAUCAACAUCUGGCUGACCCCACUGCCGCCCUUCAAGAAGUGCACCAUCACCGGCUGGGGCUCCACCCGAGAGAAUGGAGCUCGAGUGAACAGACUGCAGGAGGUGAACGUCACCAUCCUGCCCCUUGAUGUCUGUAACCACUACUACCGCGGCAGGAUGAGACCUUCCAUGUUCUGUGCUGGGAGGGAAGAAGGAGGAGCUGAUGCGUGCCAGGGGGACUCUGGAGGUCCUCUGUCCUGCUUCACCGGCAGCAGGUACGAGCUGGCAGGUUUGGUGAGUUGGGGGAUCGGCUGUGGACGAGCCAGGCGACCAGGAGUCUACGCCAGACUCCAGCUACAAAUUCAGUGGAUGUCUGACAUCAUGAGUGAUCCAGGUAUCAUGUAUGCUGAUGAAAUCACAGCUGAAGAGAACAGGUGUGGGAAGCAGCAGCAGAGGUCCAGCUGUCAGACACCUCCAGGCCUCGCUGUUCUCUCAGUGUCCCAGGACGGUGACGUGUCUGUGGGGAACUUAACAGAGUCUUGCCCCUUCUUCUGGCCCUGGCAGGUCAGCCUGCAAUCCAACGGACGCCACUACUGCAGUGGAGCACUGAUCCACCGCCGCUGGGUCCUCACCGCACAGCACUGCAGUGCCAGAGCUAAAGAGGACGUGGUGGUUCUGGGAGCUCAUGACCUCCGCUUCUCAUCGUCUCAAACCGUCCCUGUGGACGAGGUCUUCAACCUGCCGCAGGAUGGCAGCUUCCCCCCGAAAUCUGACCUGUCGCUGCUCCGCCUCAGCGUGCCCGCCAGAUUCAGCUCUGACGUGUCUCCAGUUUGUGUCCCUGAUGAAGACGAGGAGCUCGAUGACAGCUGGUCCUGUGUCACGACAGGCUGGGGAACCCCGAGAGCAACAGCGGACGUUGAUCCGGAGCGGCUGCAUCACGUCAUGCUGACUCUGGUGAACCAGACGAGCUGCAGGGAGAAAUGGGGAGGAGGACUCAUCACUGACUCCCACAUCUGUACACAUCCUGCAGGCUCCGCCUCCUGCAUGGGCGACUCUGGAGCUCCGCUGCUGUGUCGGAAACGUGGUGCCUACUUCCUGUUUGGCGUGGUGACGUGGGGCAGCAGGCGGUGUGAUGCAGACAAACCGGCCAUCUUCUCCAGAGUAUCUGAUUACCACUCGUGGAUUACUGAGCUGACUGAAGACAUCUGAACGUUUGUGUUGGAGAAUAAACUCUUUUAACUGGAA